CCCGCAGCCCCCACGGGCCGCCUCCAACGGGGAGGGCAGCGCUUCCCGCCGGCUUCUCCCUACCUGCCGGCACGGCGGUGCCCGCCGAGCGGAGCGGGGCGGAGGCAAGGGCCGCCCACCCCGGGGGUGCCGGCGGUAGGGCCGGGCCGGGCCGCGCUCCUCCCCUCCCCUCCCCGUCUCUCAGACACCAGGUGGAGGCGAAGGGAGCGGGAGCCGGGCAGGGAGGCGAGGGACGGCGCUGCCUUAGGAGACCGCAAAGCUUACAUAGACCUUUCCAGAAUGAUUUCCUCAAAUGAAUAUGGGUCUGUCUCCUGGGAGCUUUUGGUGACAGUUGAUCAUCAGCAUGAAGAGGUACAAAAGGAAUUUUUACUACGGGUCACAGGGGACCUUCAUAUUGGAGGACUGAUGCUGAAAUUAGUAGAACAAAUCAAAAUAUCACAAGAUUGGUCAGACUAUGCUUUUUGGUGGGAGCAAAAAAAAUGUUGGCUUCUGAAAACCCACUGGACGCUUGAUAAAUGCGGGGUGCAGGCAGAUGCUAAGCUGUUCUUUACUACUCAGCACAAAAUGUUGCGGCUUCGCUUGCCAAACAUGAAGACUGUGAGACUGAAAGUCAGCUUCUCUUCUAUGGUAUUCAAAGCUGUCAGUGACAUCUGCAAAAUUCUCAAUAUUAGACGGUCAGAAGAACUCUCUUUGUUGAAGCAAUCAGAAGAUGCACUCAAAAAGAAAAAGAAAAAAGACAAGAACGGCAAAGAACCAGUUACAGAAGACAUUUUAAACCUGUGUAACUCUCCAGUGAGUUCUGGAUUAUCAGGAAGUCCGGGUUUAUACAGUAAAACCAUGACACCCAUUUAUGAUCCCAUGAGUGGGUCACCAGCUUCUUCUACAAUUACUUGGUUCAGUGACAGUCCCUUGACUGAGCAGAAUUGCAGCAUCCUUGCCUUAAGUCACGCCAACUGCUCUCCAGAAAUACUAGCGGAGAUGUACCAGCCUCGGACUUUAGCUGACAAAGCCAAACUCAAUGCAGGCUGGCUAGAUUCAUCUCGAUCACUUAUGGAACAAGGCAUUCUGGAGGACGAUCAACUUCUCUUACGCUUUAAAUAUUACACUUUCUUUGAUUUGAAUCCAAAAUAUGAUGCAGUGCGAAUAAACCAAAUAUAUGAACAAGCUCGUUGGGCCAUCCUGUUAGAAGAAAUUGACUGCACAGAGGAAGAAAUGCUGAUCUUCGCUGCGCUACAGUAUCAUGUAAGCAAGUUAUCCUUAUCAGCAGAAGCGCAAGAUUUCACCUGCGAAUCAGAAGUAGAUGAAGUAGAAGCUGCACUUUCUAAUUUGGAAGUGACACUGGAAGGUGGAAACGCAAGUAACGUUUUGGAGGACAUCACAGACAUCCCGAAACUUGCUGAUAAUCUCAGGCUAGUUAGGCCCAGGAAGCUGUCGCUCAAAGCUAUCAAGCCAUAUUGGUUUGUCUUUAAAGACACUUCGGUAUCUUAUUUUAAAAAUAAGGAAUGUGCACAGGGAGAACCUAUCGAGAAACUAAACCUAAAAGGAUGUGAAGUUGUACCAGAUGUAAAUGUUGCAGCAAAGAAGUUUGGAAUCAAAUUACUAAUUCCUGUUGCCGAUGGCAUGAAUGAAGUAUAUUUAAGAUGCGAAAAUGAGAAUCAAUAUGCUCGGUGGAUGGCUGCUUGCGUUUUAGCCUCAAAAGGCAAAACAAUGGCCGAUAGCUCUUAUCAUCCUGAGGUCCACAAGAUUCUUUCAUUUCUAAAGAUGAAGAACUGGACCAUGUCUCCCCAGGCUGUCUCUGAUCCAGAAGGCAUAGAUAUGAAACCAGAAUGCUUCGUCUCGCUACGUUAUACUAAAAAAUACAAGUCCAAGCAGUUGGCUGCUCGUAUUCUGGAAGCCCACCAAAACGUAUCCCAGAUGCCUCUAGUGGAGGCCAAGCUGCGUUUUAUUCAAGCAUGGCAGUCCCUCCCCGAGUUUGGCUUAUCCUACUACAUUGUAAGGUUUAAAGGAAGCAAAAAGGAUGAUGUGCUCGGGGUGUCCUAUAACAGGCUGAUUCGAAUAGAUAUAGCCACAGGAGAUCCUAUCACAACAUGGAGGUUCUCCAACAUGAAGCAGUGGAAUGUAAACUGGGAAAUACGCCAGGUUGCAAUCGAGUUUGAUCAGAAUGUAUCUAUCGCUUUCACGUGUCUGAGCGCUGACUGCAAAAUCAUCCAUGAGUAUAUUGGGGGCUACAUCUUCUUGUCAACCCGCUCCAAAGACCAGAAUGAAACACUGGACGAAGACCUGUUCCAUAAAUUAACUGGAGGUCAGGAAUGAGGUGAUGUAAACUCUCUUCCCUCUGCCUGCCUCUCCUCACAGCUAAGACGACCAGAGAUUAAACAAAAAUAUCUCUGAUUGUUAAUUGAUGGAUAAUAAAUAUUGUACAUGUUAAUCCAUCUUGUAAUAUGACUGGACUGUUAAGAUAUUGAAGCCAAGGUCACUGGAUGCAGUAUGGCAACGCCAUCAUCAACACCAGGAAAAUUAAAUUGUCUUUGUUUUCUUUUUGUACAGCUAGAAGUUUUUAAAUAAACAGUGUCUAGCCACUGGGCAUUUUUGAAUCUAG